AUGUCCGCUGCAAACUACAAGGUCGCGUGGGAUUUACUUCAAAAACGUUUCGAAAACAAGAAACUAAUAGUAAAGGCACACCUUGAUGCUCUGUUUAUAGAUGAACCAUUGAAACGCGACGGUUACGAUGGCCUCAAUCAUUUGCUAAGUGAAUAUGAUAGAAACCUUCAAAUGCUUGAUAAGAUUGGGGAAAAUACUUAUAACUGGAGUACGAUGCUCGUUUAUAUGGUAUGCUCUAGACUAGAUUCAGCCACUUUACGCCAGUGGGAAUCACAUCAUUGUUCCAAGGAGGUUCCCACCUACGAUGAAUUGGUAGGUUUCUUACGAAAUCACUGCGCUGUUCUGCAAUCGAUUGCUCCUAAUAAACCACCUCAAACUGAAAUCAAGAAGUCUCGUUUCACCCCCGUUCAUACUCAUACAUCUACAGAAGUUAUUCGUUGUUCAUUCUGUGAGGAGAGCCCGCAUUCUGCCUUCAAAUGCCAGAAAUUCAUAAAAGUGAAGGUACCCGAACGGUAUGAGAAAGUGAAGCGCUGUGGGUUGUGUUUGAACUGUUUGUCUCCAUCGCAUCUGGUUCGAUUCUGCAAUAAGGGUUUCUGUCGACAUUGUAAACAGAAACAUCACUCACUUCUACACAAUGGAGCUAUAAUCAAUGGAUCAAAUGGGCAUACUCCGCAGAAUAAUGUCUCCGCUACGUCCUCGCAGAGCAGACCACCAGCAGCGAACACUUCUCAAGUACAACCACAGCCACAGAACCAGACCACACAAAGUCACAACACAACACCCGUUACGAAUUCACUUCCGAUCGCACACACUGAUAUGCAAUCACACAGUCACCAAUCAUUCAUCACAAAUCACACCCCAUCGAAUCAUAUCAAUUCGUUGACUACAAAUUCGUACUCAUCAUUAAACCAAGUUUUGUUGUCCACUGCCGUAGUGGUUGAUCGUUACGGCAAUAUCCAGUUAGCCAGAGCGCUUUUGGACUCAUGCUUAGAAUAUUGCUUUAUUACUACGAAUCUGUACAAGAAAACGUAUUUACCAGAAUCAGUCAGCUAUCUCUCGGUUUCGGGAAUCGGAGGUUCCAUUGUGAAGUCAUUGAAAAUGGUAGAGGCAACAAUAGCGCCGAGAUCAUCUCACAUCUCAAACUAUCUCGCAACCGUAAAACUCCACGUUUUACCAAAACUCACGUCAAGUUUGCCAUUUCAUCCUGUCGAUAUUCAGCAACUUGCAAUCCCAAACAACAUAAUUCUAGCGGACCCGAAAUUCAAUGAACCUGGUCCAAUAGAUGUUAUGUUGGGAGCUGAAUACUAUUACGAUCUGUUGACAGAUGGAAGGCUUAAACUUUCAGAAGGAGGUCCAACACUACAACAAACCGCAUUCGAAUCGUGCAACAACAACAGCACAUACUCAGUGGAAGAGUCGACAUGCGAGGAAAUAUUCAAUCGAACGACAGUGAGAGAUGCAGAUGGAAACUUCGUCGUAACUCUUCCGAAAAAGAAUUUUCGCAUUAGACAGCUUGGAGAAUCAAGAGACAUAGCGAUCAGACGAUUUAUAGGACUGGAAAAGCGAUUUCAGUUGAACCCAGAUUUGUUGCAGCCGUACAAGGAGUUUAUUAACGAGUAUCUGCGACUAGAACAUAUAAAGGUUGUGUCAUCUGAAGGUGAACCUUCCCAAGUGUAUUACUUGCCACACCACGCAGUCUUCAAGCUAGACAGUUCAACAACAAAACUGCGGGUUGUUUUCGAUGCUUCGUGUAAAACAACCAGUGGCAUUUCUUUAAACGAUGCCCUAAUGGUUGGUCCGGUAGUACAGCAAGAUUUGCUGUCCAUUACCAUCCGAUUUCGCUUUCGUCGACUGGCUAUUGUCGCGGACGUAGAGAAAAUGUACCGCAUGGUAAAGGUUCAACCAAACGAUCAGCAUUUGCAACGGAUUUUAUGGCGAGAUUCUCCUGAUGAAACGCUUCGUACGUAUGAGCUUACUACGGUCACGUACGGAACCGCGUCAGCUCCCUAUCUUGUGACCAAAUGCUUGCAAACUCUAGCAAAAGAAAACGAAGCUAAUAACCCUAGAGCCGCGAGGGUAUUGAAAGAUGACUUUUAA